UUAUAUAUUUAUCGUCUAUCAUGUAUGUGCGUCAUCGUCAUCAUCAUCAACGUCGUCUUCAUCAUCGUCUUCGUCAUCAUCAUCAUCGUCUUCGUCAUCAUCAUCAUCGUCUUCGUCAUCAUCAUCAUCGUCUUCGUCAUCAUCAUCAUCGUCUUCGUCAUCAUCAUCAUCGUCUUCGUCAUCAUCAUCAUCGUCUUCGUCAUCAUCAUCAUCGUCUUCGUCAUCAUCAUCAUCGUUUGGUUUGUUUGUAUACUAUUUUGUAUUUGUUUGUUCGUAUAUUUGUAUCUGUUUGUAUCAGUUUAUAUACACACGUUUUAG